UCUCUCUGUCGAGGAAUCAAUAAGAGAGAGCUUCGUCAGUCAUAUUCGAAUACAGUCUCGCACAAUGGGGGCCGAUUCUCCAAAACAUUGUUUCAUUGUAUCCCUCGGCUUGAAGGGUCUUGAUUCUGAUGACUCAAACGGGUCUUCGAGGGGUAAACCGGUCGCGAGCAAGAGAAGGUUUCAGGCUAAGAGGAGGCUAAGGAUCAUCAGGAGAAGAGGGGCGAACAACAUCGAGAAGAGGAACAACAAGGUGGGAGCCUCGAGGAGGAGUGUCGUCAGAUGCUCGCGGAAGAUUGAGCGGCGGGUCCGGACGUUGAAGACGCUGAUCCCGAAUGGCGAGUCGAUGGGAUUGGAAGGCCUGUUCCAGGAGACGGCUGAGUACAUACUGUCCCUCGAGAUGAGAGUGAAGAUGAUGCAAAUGGUGGUUGACAUGUUCUCAGGUUCUAGUGAUCAGUAAUUACUUAAAAACUACUACUCUGUAGAGAAGCCAAAACCACAUUCUUUCCUACCCAUUUUUUUCUUUUAUAUCUUUCUUCUCAUUUUCCAGUUGUUAUAUGUGUUUAAUUAAUGCGAUUCUUGGCCGGAGUUUGUUUGAGGUCAGAUAAAUUCGCAGCUACUGUUAGCACC